CCGGCCAGCGUUCGGAGUGGACCGGCGCGUGCGGGCGCGAGCGGAUGCUUCGAGGGCCCCGGUGCUGCAAGCAGGGACGGCGGGAGCGAUGUUGCUGGCGGCGCGGGCCGAGUACCUCGCGCCCUGGUGGACAUCGUGGCUGCACGGGUUCCCGCAUUUGAGCUUCAGCCUGCGACCCGUGCCCAGCGCCUUCCGCCCGAAGGACGACGACUACCAGCAGUCCUUGAUCCUCUUGGCUCUGACCGGAGUUCUCUUCUUGGGUCUCAACCUUGUUUUCCUUGGCAUCUAUCUCAUCUGCCUAUCUUGCUGCAAGAAGGAGGAAGAGUCGGAGACUAAGAAGCCCAAUUCUUGUUGCAUCACCUGGACUGCUGUGGUAGCUGCUCUCAUGUGUUGUGCGGCUGUUGGCAUUGGGUUUUAUGGCAACAGUGAAACCAACGAUGGGAUUUAUCAGCUGAUCUACGCCCUUGAUAAUGCUAAUCACACCCUCUCAGGGGUUGAUUCACUGGUCUCAGGAACUACGACACAGAUGAAAGUAGUUCUGGAGCAACAUGUGGCUCGCCUGAAUGAGAUCUUUGCAACCCACAGUGAAUAUGUACAAACGCUCAAAUUCAUGCAGCAGAUGGCAGGCAAUAUUGUGCUGCAACUGUCAGGGCUUCCUGUGUGGAGUGAUGUCACUGUAGACUUGUCCAUGAUUGCCAAUGAUGUCAGCUAUGUAGAAUAUUAUAGAUGGCUCUCUUACCUCUUGCUGUUCAUUCUGGACUUGGUGAUUUGUCUUAUUGCUUGCCUUGGGCUGACAAAGCACUCCAGGUGUCUGCUUAUUACGAUGCUGUGCUGUGGACUUUUCACACUUUGUCUCAGCUGGGCUUCCUAUGCAGCAGAUGUUUCAGCAGCAGUGGGUACCAGUGACUUUUGCGUGUCCCCAGAUAAAUUCAUUGUGAAUAUGACAAAAAAUGACCUCAGUGCAGAAAUCGUACAGUAUUACCUGUAUUGUAGACAGAGUCUGACCAACCCCUUUCAACAGGCCCUGACUAUUUACCAGCGUUCUCUCACAACUAUGCAGAUCCAGAUUCAGGGUCUUGUGCAGUUUGCAGUGCCUUUUUUCCCUACAGCCAAAAAAGACCUGCUUGAUAUACAGAAGUUACUGAACUACUCUGAAAUCAACCUUCACCAGCUGACUGCCAUGCUGGACUGCAGGGGCCUUCACAAGGAUUACCUGGAUGCCUUGGUUGGGAUCUGCUACGAUGGGGUGGAAGGCUUGCUCUACCUCACCCUCUUCUCUCUGAUGGCUGCUGUAUCCUUCUCCACCAUCAUAUGUGCCAUGCCUCGAGCCUGGAAACAUUUAGCCAGCAGGGAUCGGGAUUAUGAUGACAUAGACGAAGAGGACCCCUUCAACCCACAGGCUCGACGUAUUGCUGCCCACAAUCCCAACCGUGGGCAACUCCGUAGUUUCUGUAGCUACAGUAGCAGCCUGGGCAGUCAGACGAGCCUUCAGCCUCCUGCCCAGACCGUCUCCAAUGCACCAGUGUCUGAGUACAUGAACCAAGCUGUGCUCUUUGGUGGGAAUCCACGGUAUGAAAACGUCCCCCUGAUUGGAAGAGGAUCACCUCCCCCCACGUAUUCUCCAAGUAUGCGAGCCACCUAUCUUGCGGUUAAUGAUGAUUUCCGGCGACAGCCUAGCAACGAAUUUCCAGCCUAGCACUCAGAUCGUAGAGAAGAAACCACCCACGAUGCUAUAGUGAAACCCAAUAAUAACUGAAGGCACAUAGACUGUUGGGAAUAAGAUUGCUUCCCUAGCAAACCGGUCAGGUGUUCAAAGGUGUUGAAAACAGAUCAGCCUGAAGAAAACUCCUGCUGGCAAUCCAGGUACUCUUCAAGGAUUAUCCUGUGUGCUUGAUUGGCAGCUUUUCUUCUUCCAAUAUUACGUCUUCCUCCGUUGCAGACCCAGGAUGGUACCCGGAUCCUCCAUCCAAUGAGCUAAGGGUUAGAGGUCUAUUGAUUUCUUGCUCAGUUCCUGUCACUACUGCUUUAUAACAAACUUUGUUCUGUUAUAUUGGAGAAGCAGGGAGAUGUGAAAUUAGAAUAAGGCCUGCCAUGGGUUUGCAAUUAAUGCUAUAGGUCCUGUUUCCUUUUCUUCUGCACCAACUUCGGGGCAGUUUUGUUCAUCUCUGAUAGGGCGGUUCUGUCUUCCUUUUUGUUUUAUUAGGGCAGAUAAUAAGACCAGUACACUGUACAAGUAAAGAGAAUACUUGACACAUGGUGUAUAAUGCUAACCUCAGAGAAAUGGGGCAGGAGAUUGCCAUGAAAGAAGAUACGCCUCACUCCUGAAUCACAUGCAAUGCUGACAGAAGAGUGAAUUUUUAGUGUCCUCUGACGAGGCCUCUGCACAGAACUUACUGUUGGCUUGGCAGUGUAUCAUCCAUCAUCCUUUUUGAUAGAACCUGUUUGGUAUUUUAUGAUAAAAAAAUCCAUGCACAAUAUUACCACUUGUCACUCACUCUUUUGCAUCAAGAACUGACAUGAACUUCACCAACUCCUGUUGUGGUGGCCUCAGGUAUUAUUUAGAAUAAAUGCCUUUUUUGUUCUAUUACAUACUUCAUUUGGUUUGCUAUUUUUUUUAGUCUAUGUUUUAUAUUAGCUACCCAAAGAACAUAAUUUUUGUGUCUGUUUUUAUAGUUUUCUGUUAUUAAUAAUUACACCUUUUUUAUGUACUUUGCAAGCCAACUUCUGAUUUUGGCACUGAUUCCCCCUCCCCCCCCCCAAAGGGAAUUAAAAGUAAAGGCAAAAAUUAACCUUCCAAGAUAAUGUAUUUGUGUGGCAAAUGCUGACAUAUUCCAAAAUACAUUUUUCUUACUUUGUGAGGAAAUAAAAAAAUACCAGGGAACUUUGGAUUGGGCUGGAUUGGCUACUCUAAUACGCAGGUAGUGUUGAAAAGGACAGUACAGUUUCUUCCGAAUAAUGUCUUGCUUUCUCCAUCCAUGAAAGAACUGUAAUAUCUGAAAUUAACUGAAAUUAGGAAUUGUUCAUAACUUCCAUUGUUACUUGCACACAUUUGUGUCUUGUAAGGGCAAGUCCUAUCACUGGGCAAAGUGAGUCAAGUUUCAGGUUCCCCAGUUCAAGACUAAAGAGAAGUCCCCAGUUUCACACAGCUUGACAGGACUGCUAGUCAGUCCUAAACUCAGCAGAAGUCUUUUGGAUACUCAAUCUAAUUUUUUUAAGAUUCUUCCUUGCAAACUAAACUGAACCCAGACUGCUAUAAGCAGUCAGUUUCCCUCUGUCACUGUGAGAGUGUAGUUUCCUUCUCAUAGCCACUGCUGUUCUUUCUGCCCUUCCCACUGCUUUUUAUCCUGCUCUUCAUGUCCUUGAAGUAGAACAGUUGUUGACAUAUCUGUCCUGAGAACUGCUGGCUCUCAUUUUAUCUCAGCCACCAGGAGAUGAGCAAUGACAAAGUGUUGGAGGUUAAAACAGUGCCAGGCAGUCUGUCCUUUGUCUCAGCAGCCAUUUUCAACUACCAGUGUUAAGAUUUCUUUUCCAGUCUAGUCAUCAUUUGUAUGAGCAAUCACGGGCAGGAGAUACCGUCAUAUCAUUCCCUCAGGUAACAAAGAUCUUGUGGGCUUUUCUGAAACAGAAUCAGAUUCUUGUUAUCUACUAUUGGAGAGAGAAAGUAAAAGAAAUAGUAACAUUUGGACAGGAGGGAUUCCAAGGAGAUGAGAAGCACUGAAGGAAGGAAAUCAAAGUACAGAAUAUCAAAUUGAAGAAUCAAAGCCUCUUAGAGGUCUGUUCAACUUUUGCCAAAAGCAACUCCUUUUACAGUUAACAAAUUACAUUUUCUUGGGUUAUGCUAAAUUUUCCCAAAUGAGUUAGCUUAUCUUUUUCUACUUAGGCACAGUUGGAAGUGAAAAUAAUAUGUGAGCACUCUCUUGGAAACAUAAAACAGGUGGGUUUCCUCAACUAAGUACAAAGAACUCAGAAUAUCUUCACAGGAUGCUGAAAAUGCGCGUUACCAGUGGUCUCAAUAUAAUAUUUGGACAAUUUGCACAUUGUUCAAAAUUGCCACUGACAACAACUGUAAAGGUAGAGAGCUGCCCUCCAAGAUGCAUAAUGUGACAUGAAGAUUUUUAAUUACUUGACAACAAUUACAUACUGUGUCUUUCUAUCAAGGAUAACUUGUACCUAUCACGUACAGCAACAUAAUUUAUAUAUCCAUCUUAUAUGUAAUUGGAUACAUUUUUAAGGCAGAGGGAGAAGAGAAUCUUAAUUUUAUGCUAUGAGUAAUGCUAUUGAUAACUACAAUUGUUUUUUUUCAACAAACAAAAAAAAUGCAUGUGAAUUAACUAUCACAGGCUACUUCAAAGCUGUGCCUGAUUUAUAUGUACUGACUGGGAAACUGAUAAUAAACACAUACUAAAAUAUGA